AGUCCAUGGCCGGGAGAUGAGUAAAACCUCUGAGGAUUGUCUCACUUGUCUCCAGACUGGAAAAUAGAAGAUGAGGACAUCACACAGUAUAGUCCAGGAGAAAACCCGGCUCCCUCCAAUGUCCAUCCGGCACCACCCAGUGUAGAUGGACCAUCAGAUUCCUCGUAUCCUGAGGAACCUCAGACUGUGCGGGACCGGGCCGGCCUUCCAACAGGGAAGAGCUUCUCCUGUACUGAGUGCGGGAAGUGUUUUUCAGAUAAAAGUCCCAUCUUUACAAACAUCAGAGAUCUCACACGGGGGAGAAGCCAUAUUCCUGUUCUGAGUGUGGAAAAUGUUUUUCCAUGGAAGUCCGAUCUUUCCAGACAUCAGAGAUCGCACACGGGCAAGAAGCCAUAUCCCUGUCCAGAGUGUGGGAAAUGUUUUUCAGACAAGUCCAGUGUUCACACACAUCAGAGAUCUCACACGGGGGAGAAGCUGUAUUCCUGUCCUGAGUGUGAGAAAUGUUUUCCACGGAAGUCCGAUCUUUACAUACAUCAGAGAUCGCACACGGGCGAGAAGCCAUAUCCCUGUCCAGAGUGUGGGAAAUGUUUUUCACACAAGUCCAGUCUUCAGACACAUCAGAGAUCUCACACAGGGGAGAAGCCGUAUUGCUGUUCUGAGUGUGGGAAAUGUUUUUCACUGAAGUCCCGUCUUUCUAGACAUCAGAAAUCUCAUAUGGGAGAGAAGCCAUAUUCCUGUCCUGAGUGCGGGAAAUGUUUUUCACAGAAGUCACAUCUUUCCACACAUCAGAGAUCUCACACGGGGAAGAAGGCACUUUCCUGUCCUGAGUGA